UAGAAGCGGGGAAGUGUGUGGGUUUACGGUUGAAUGUGGACGGGAAGAGCUCUGCGGACUGGAGUGGGAUCACGGCAGAGGGAGAGCGGCCUCCGGACGGGUAGGCAAGGCGAGCUGAGCACGUGGGAGCGCCGUGAUCAAACAGCGCAGCAACAGAUGACCAUAUAAUUUCAGGCCCUGAGGCUGAUGUCCAAGUGCUUUUCAAGAGGGUGAAUUCAUGAAAUGCAUCUGGUCCAGAUGGUGUACCUGCCUGGAGUAUUAAUGCACAUUGUGUAACCUCUGUUUGACUUCAUCAUUUGCACAUUUGUCAACGAUGGAUUGUACUCCAGACUCUGGAUGCUCAGGUGCUCCAGGAUCACCACACGAAGUAAAACAGGAUGGAAGUGAGACAUCGAAAGAUCAAAAUAUGUACAAUGGAUCUCAGAAGAACGAUAAACCCAUUGAGAAGAAAAAUGAAGAACAGCAUGUGACCAAGAAAAGAGGCUGGCCAAAGGGUAAAAAGCGCAAAAAAAAUGUUCCCAAUGGUCCCAAAGCUCCACUGACAGGUUACAUGCGAUUCUUGAAUGAACGCCGUGAACAGUUACGGGCACAGCAACCAGAUUUACCUUUUCCAGAAAUCACCAAGACGUUGGGCAGUGAGUGGAGCAAACUUCCCCUUGAAGACAAGCAGUUCUAUCUUGAUGAAGCUGAACGGGCAAAGCAACAGUAUAUAAAAGAACUGCAGGAGUACCAGCGAACUGAAGCUUAUAAAAUGAGCAAAAUUGCCAUCCAGGAAAAGAAGCUAAGAAAAGAAACCGCUCAUUCAUUGUCAAAUGGCAUGCAUGGUGAGAAGAACAACGAGCAGCAAGGGAAAAUGUCUAUGUUUAAUAUUCCAAUUUUUACUGAAGAAUUUCUUGAUCAUAACAAAGCUCGAGAAGCAGAGUUGAGAAAGUUACGGAAGACAAAUAUCGAAUAUGAAGAGCAGAAUGCAGUCUUGCAGAAACACAUUGACAAUAUGAGAAGUGCUAAAGAGAAACUGGAGGAGGAACUGGCUGAAGAACAAAGCCAAAAUGCAAAUCUACACAAGCAUCUUGACAAUUUACGGCAAAUGUUAACAGCUAGUUUCACUGACGUCUCACUGCCAGGAAGUGGAGAAAGUGUGACAGUUGACACAAUUGAUUCGUAUAUGACAAAACUGCAUAGUAUCAUAGACAACAAUCCUCAGCAGAAUGAAAAGCUUGUGAAGAAGGUCCAGGAGAUAGUCAGCAGCCUAGACAGCAGUGAUGGACCUUAAAACACCAGGAACUUCAUCAGUGAAUAAGGUUCAGUGAUCCAUGUUAGCUGACAUCUGAAGUUUCUUUAUCUUUUUAAACUUUAUAAUGUUUUCAGUAACUCCAUGAAGAAGGUAGAACUUUUAUUUUGGAGUACGGUGCAAUUAUGGAGAACUACAUUUCUACAUUACUCAAGAUUAAAGUAAGCAUAUAGAACUCUUUGUCAACUAUGGCAUCAUGCGGGUUGUGACCUCCGAGUUGAUUUUUCUAGUUUUUAUUAACUUUUAUAAUUAGUAUGUCUUUGUGCAUGCAUAGUCCAUAGAUUUAGAAACUGCAUUGUAAAAUUUACUGCCAUUUUGUUAUGACUAAAUUAUGUUUGUAUUAAUGUUUUGUAGACAAAUGUGAAAUACUAUGUUAGUAAAGGAAGCUAGAGUUUGGUUUGAAAGCAGCCAUGAAGGGAGGGAUGUAGGCAGUGCCAUUUCCACUUCAAUGUAGUCAUGCUUACAGCCAAUAAAUAUAAGCUAAUGAUGAUUUAACUUCUUGGAGUCAGCUUCAGAGAAAAAACCUGGUAAGAUGAAAUUCAUCACAAACUCAAUUCGUUAGGAGAUGUGCAGGGUUAUUUUCUUUCAGAUUUAAUUUUUUUGGGGGGGAAAAUGUGUUUAUCUUGGAACUGGAAUUGAGUUUUCUUCCUGGGUGCAGUAGCAGCUGUUUACACGUUUGUGUAUUGUGUUUAGAAAGCCUCAUAUUCUAGGUUAUUUUGUGAAAUGGUAUGUAGUCUUUUGGUAACAACAUGAAGUUGUGUUUGGUGUAGUAUCUCAAUAUUAUUGGCCCCUGCUACCUUGAAGUAAUAAGAAAUGCAUCUUGGUUUAACUAUACUGGGGUCAUUAGCAUAUUUCAGUAAUAAGUCCUAAAUCAAUAGGAAGCUACCAUGUAUACUCAUGCAUACUGAGAGGCAGACUUAUUAUUUCACUGUUUCAACUUAAAUUAUAUUCCUUAAACUGAUACACCUGGAAGUGAUUGUGUUAUAGAGGGAGGAUUACAUUACAGGAAUGUAUAUUUCUGCCUGAAUAUUUGAGAUUUGUUUAAGCCCACUGAAUAUUGUCAGACAGCUGUUAUCAAGUGUGCAGCUGCUUGGAAAUGUUCAAAACCACAUGAAUACCUGUUAUAUCUUGGAAAAGUAUUGCUGCUGUUAAUCAAGAUAUGCAGUAUAUAUUGAAGCUUCAUUUGCUUUUCUCCUGGAAUAUGCAUUUCAUCAAAAAAUAAAUUAAAGGAUAUUUUUAUGGAUUUUUUUGAUCUGUAUAAUUACCUAGACCAAUGACAUUGAGGUUAAUUUUAAGGCAUCUCAUUUCAUUCAGAUCCAUCAAAGAGCAAAGACUAGGGAUCAGAAAUACUGCUUUGGUGGUGAAAAGUAAUAGGAUCUCAUAAAACACUGAUGUUUCUUGUCAGAACCCUUGAAGAAAGUCCAGACCUCCUCCUACGCAUAACAUCCAGAAGUAGGAAAACAGGGAUUUCAUUCUUGAGGAAAGACUAAAGACAGAAUGCUCUUAAAUGUUGCAAUGAAAUGUUAACAAAAGCUGUUACUGCUUGUGUAACAAUCUUCACAGCCAUCUGUAGAAGAGCAAAAUCCGCAUAUUAUCUUAUUGGAUUCUUUCCAAUGAUUGCUAAUUGGGCAGUUUCUUAAGAUGAAUAAUUGAAAGUAAUUAUUCAGGGAUUCGUACAGCAAAAUAUUUCUUAACUCUGGUAGAGUGCUGUAGGUCAGAUAUAAAAUGAGUGGUGUGAGGUAUCACUUGUGUGUUGUGGAUUAUUAAAACUAAGUGGAAGUAGAACAGAACUGUUCUGUAAAGGGAGUAUAAGGAGAAGAUAGCAAAUUAUUUUGCAUCAUUUUCUUUUAUCUAUUCUUGAAUUUUAAUAUGAAAUUGUAAUUGACACUACAUUUUACUGCUCUAGAGAACAUUUGCAAUUUGGAUUCAUUUAUGUAGCUGCAAAAUUUUACCAUUUGUAUUGUAUAAUACUGCCAUGAUCAGUUUAAAAUUAUAUCAUACAAAUUACAAAACGAUGGUAAACCAUAAAACAUUUUGCUGCUCUUUGUACUUGCUUCUAAUAGCAUUUCUACUACCUACAUUGUCAUGUUUUUUUAAAAAAAAUUCAGUACAAUUGUUAUUUUCCUUUUUUAAUAUUGCCUGCUUUAAAUCCACUUUAUAAAAUAAAUAAUGUUCAAGUUUUGUCAAAAACACUAUUUACCAAUCAUCACUUUGAAACUUUAAAAAACUUUAAAAAUCCAUACUUGGUCUGUCCUAGAGAAGGUGAUUAUUUUGGAGUUAUAACGAAGUAGUCUGUUGCUCCCUUCCAUGGUCAAUAUCUAUUGUUAAUAAGGUAUUUAUUUAUGCAUUAUUUCAACUGAUGCACUAGUCAGGUCAAAAUGACUUCAUCCAACCUUGUAUAUUAAAAUUAUUUGACAUUUUGCUGGCACCCAGAAUUACAUUUGCCUGUUUUGGCUUUUCACAUAGAAUUAGAAUUUACUUCAGUGUUCAUAUUUACUUCGUGAAACAACAAUUUUUCCCUUUUUAUCCUUGGGUAUAAAGCAUCAUCAGUAUGUAAUUCAUUUGUAAAAGAAAAUAGGUGAUGUGUAGCGCAUAAGUAUCCCCAUUGAACUUUUUUGUUUACAGGUAAAUAGAAAAUCAGAUGGGCUGUAUCAUAGUUUGUGAAGCACACUUUUCAAAGCGCACCAUCCAGGUAAUGAUUUAGCCCCAGUUGUGGAAAAGGAAAAUUUGCCCCUUGCUGUUUGGAUUUUUCCCCAUGUUAUCUAAAUUCUGUCAUUAGUUUUGUAUCCUAACACUUGUAGUUUUCUGUUAUUGACAAUCUUUAGCAUCUUUCUUGUGUCCAUUUCUAAGUCAUUUGGGCACAUGCAACUUCAAAUCUUGUAUUGAUUUAAUAGGAUGAUAGUUAUUGUCCAGAAAAUGUUUUGAUGCAUCUAGGUUUAAGGAUGAGAGCAGAGCAGCUGAUAGAAAGUUGCAAUAUGUUUACACUGCUCUUUUGUAUGGAAAUGACAAAAGGAAGCCUUAGCUACAUAGCAAAAACUAUGUUUGUGAUGACAGUGAAAUCUUUGGGAUCAGUUGUAUCGUCUCAAGGAUUUAUGAUGUUAUAUUUCUAUUUAGUAGGGAUGCCAUUAAGUUUUGUGAUUUGAUGUACUGUGUUCAGUCUGUAUUGCAUUAGAUUAAUUUCAUUAAGUAAUUUCAUUUCCCUCAGUAAAUUUGUAUUGUUCAAAUUAUCUACUUGUUUUUAUCUGCAAACUUUGUAUAUUAAUUUAAUUAUGUAGAUCAGUUUGUUGAUAAAAUGUAGCAACUAGAUAUGUAACACGCAAUAAACAUCUGAUACUG